ACUUCACUUCAUUACUUCAUUUUUUUACUGCAUUUUACUUGAUUCUUACUAUUCUUUUACUUUAUUUCCGAAAGUGAAAUAAAGCAAAGUUGAGUAAAGUGUAACGGAAUAGUAAGGUAAAGUAAAGUACAGUAAACAAAAUGAAGUCAAAUGAAGUAAUCAAGUGAAGUAUAGUAAAAGAGAAGUAAAAGUGUUAAAUCACGAAAAUAACCCCAGGACGUACACUGAAGUAAAGUGAAGUAAAGUUUUAACACCAAAAAUAGCUAAUCUUCACGUUAAGUCGACAAAAGCUUAAAAUCUUUUUUUCUACAUCUUCCAAAAAAAAUACAAAGAAUAAAAUAGGAUAACUUUUUUCAAAAAAUUUCAGAAUGUACGCAGUCGUGAGUAAAAAAGCGCGCCAAAAAUAGCUUAGCUUCACACUUAGCAUCAAAUGCUUAAAACUUAGAUUAACGGUUAAAUGGAACAAAACAAUGAGAUCUUAUCUGCAGUAAGUCUUGAAAUCAAAUAUAAACCUAAAAUGCAACGCAAAAAAUGAAAACUUACUCGCUCGAAAUUCGUUGAAAAAUGAAAAUAUCCAAUGGUCUAUAACACAGCCGUGAAUGAAAUAAGCGCGAAAUUGACUACUUGCUCGGCUGCUCCUGUGGCGGACAAUGCUGCCAGAGAUGUGUCCCUCGGAGCUUUGUUGCAAUUUAAACCAUAUAAAUAUUUUCGAAAAAUAUUUUUUCUAAAAAAUAAUGUUACUUAAAAUUUUAAAAUAAAAUUCCUCAAUUUACUAGAUUUCCUUACACAACUAUGAAUUAAUUUUAAAUAAUUUUAACUUCAUUGCAUCGUUGUCAAAAUCGUGGGAACGGAGGGGAUGAGAAUUGAAAAUAGUUCGAGAAAGAAAGUGUUGGAUAGUGUGGGUAGGAUGGGAAGUGGAAGAUGAUGACAAUAUGACAAAAUGGGGGAGGGGUGUGAUGUAGCAACAGCCAAUCGUAAUUAAGAUCAGAGUCAGCACGGACAUUUAAACUAUCAUUUGUCUUUUGGAAGUUGAGGCUACUGUACGGUCUUAAAAUGCCUAAACGUAGCGCAAAAAAAAGUAAGUUAGAUGAAACUCUUGAUUUGCUUAAUAUUGAAAGUGAAAAAAAUGUCAUAUUGUCAAAUGAAAAUAAAGUUUUAAGUGAUCGCAUUCAAGAUUUAGAAAAAGAAAAUGGGAUUUACAUUUCUCAAUCCGUGGUGCAUUUCACCAAAAUUGAAAAGUUGAAGUUGACCAUCGCGAGUCUUAAGAGACAGAAACUGUCGGAGGAUUUGGAUACAAUUAAUGAAGAACAUGAAGUCAAUGUGUUACAGGAAGAUAAUAAUGACGGACAUCCAAAAAUUUCGCAGCAGGUGACGUCGUCACCAAAGAUAUCGUCACCGAAUACAUCGUCACCCAAUUGUGAUAAUGAUAGAAAAAAAGAAUCUGUCCCACGGAAAGCUGUUCCUCAUCUUUUUAAUAUUUCCAAGGAAGAUCGCAAGAUUUAUCGUCGCAAAGCUCGAGAGGAAUGCAAUAGGAUUGUUGAAGAAAUGAAGAAAGUCGAAAAAGGAAAGUCUAAGAAAGAAAAAAUAACGGAACCAAAACAAUUGAACAUGACGUAUACUGUGUCUAAGUAUAUAUCUGACAUCAUGACUGCCGGGUUCACUGGAGACUACUUAAAGUCUACGAAGUGGUCAAACCAAGAGGCCAAAAAGGGAAAAAAUCUAAAGAAAGGAAUGGAUGCCGGGGACAGAGAAUCCAUCAUUGAUUUGGCAUUAACUAAUUGGGAUUCUCUAAGCCCAAUUGUUUCAAAAGAGACUAUCAAAAAGUGGGUUAUUGACGGAAUCAAACAAACGUUCAACAACAAAGGCCGCUCCACUAAGGUUCUGAAUUUAGCGGAAAAAGAUCCAGAAGAUGCUGUGAAAUAA